UCUCGCGCGGUCGGCGCAGCUCCCCAGGCUUCUGUCAGGAGACGCGGCGAGUGCGGAGGCGCCUGAGGAGGCGGGAAGGCGGCGGAUUGAAGGGGCGGUAGCGGGCUGCGGAGAGCGGUCCGAGGGGGGAGUGUGCGGCAUGGUGAUGGCGGCGAAGAAGGGCCCGGGGCCGGGCGGCGGGGUCGGCGCGGGCAAGGCGGAGGCCGAGGCGGCCUCGGAGGUGUGGUGUCGCCGGGUCCGGGAGCUGGGCGGCUGCAGCCAGGCCGGGAACCGCCACUGCUUCGAGUGCGCCCAGCGCGGGGUCACCUACGUGGACAUCACCGUGGGCAGCUUCGUUUGCACGUCCUGCUCCGGCCUCCUGAGAGGCCUGAACCCCCCUCACCGAGUCAAGUCCAUCUCCAUGACAACUUUCACAGAGCCUGAAGUAGUGUUCCUACAAUCUCGGGGAAAUGAGGUCUGCAGGAAGAUCUGGUUGGGUCUUUUUGAUGCUCGGACAUCUUUAAUACCAGAUUCCAGAGAUCCUCAGAAAGUGAAGGAGUUUCUCCAGGAGAAAUAUGAGAAGAAGAGAUGGUAUGUCCCCCCAGACCAAGUCAAGGGGUCCACGUAUACCAAAGGCCGUGCCUCCACCCCUGUCCAGGGCUCCACCGCAGACGGGAAGCCUCUGCGGACACUUCUGGGUGACCCUGUGCCAUCUGUCUCGGCUGCCUCCUCCACCUCUAGCCAGUGUGUCAGUCAGACGCGGACGUCCCAGGCCCGGAGCACUCAGCCUCCGCCACCCUCCUCAGGCAAGAAAGCCAGUACUGACCUGCUGGCGGACAUUGGUGGCGACCCCUUUGCUGCUCCACAGGUGGCACCAGCUUUUGCUGCAUUCCCAGCCUAUGGGGGCCAGACUCCUUCCCAUGGGGCCUUUGCCAGCUUCGACGCCUUUGGCAGCAGCCCCGGCGCUUCUGCGUUUGGAAGUAUUCCUCCAGCUGGCCCGGGCCUGUUCCAGGCCCAGCCCACACUGCCAGCCAGUCGGAUGCUAACUGGAAGUUACAGCUUUGGGAGCAGCCAGGUGACACCAUUCGCACCUGUCAGCCAGCCUCACAGCCUCACGGAAAUGGGAAGCUUCCUGGGUCCUGGGGUGGCCGCUGGAGGGAUGCCCGGCAGCGUCUUUGGGAUGGGCACCCCAGUGCCCUCGCUCCCGGCAGCCCCCUCCGGUGGAGGCAGCAGCGCCAACCUGGCCUUUGGAGCCUUCACCAACCCCUUCACGACGCCCCCUGUACACACCGUGCUACCGUCCACCAACCCCUUCCAGCCCAAUGGCCUGGCCCCAGGGCCUGGCUUUGGGGUGAGCAGCGCCGGGCCGGGCUUCCCCCAGGCGGCGCCACCCCCGGGGGUCUUUGCCAGCACCUGCCCCGCGCCGCUGUUUCCUGCGCAGCAGAAUGGAGCGGCCUUCGGAGACUUAGGCUCAGCCAAGCUGGGCCAGAGGCCGCUGAGCCAGCCGGCGGGCGUCUCCACCAACCCCUUCAUGACUGGAUCCUCCUCAAGCCCGUUUGCCUCCAAACCUCCCACCACCAACCCCUUCUUGUAGCACUGUGUCCUGGGGGGUCUCGUCCUGCCCUCUGGGCCCCCUCAACCCCUUCAAGCUCUGGUCACCACUUGCUUGUGGCAUUUCUGUGGCUCAGAGACCAGAACGGGCCUUGUUUUGCAGGGAGGGGGCUUGGGGAUGGUGGAGGUGCUAACGCUUUGCUUGAACUCCUGGCAGUGGGGUGCCACCUCCCUGCACACCAGCCAGGCUAGGGCGCCACAGGGGCAGGGCCAGACCACCCGCUACUGUCUUAUUUCUCAGUCCUUCAGGUGUCAGCACCCCUCCCCCACAGCCCUGUGUGGAGUGGGGGAGGCGCCCAGCUGCCCUGUGCUCCCCAGAGGAAUCACUCGCGCCCCGCCCCGGCCUCCCAGCGCCCUCUCUCCUCAUGAGCCCCGUGGGGAAAGUAGGGGAGAGGUGGACAGAGGCGGGCGUUGCCGUGGGCAGAGGAGCACUGGCCGCACUGUGCCCUCGCGCCCCGCCAGUGCACCCUCUGCCCCCAGCCCCCAGGCACGGAGGCCCCUGUGAUUGCUCCCCUCAGGACCCCUCCUGGACCCUCUUGCAUAGACUCGCCCACCUCCCGGUCCGGCACUUUAGUUAGCACGGUAGCCUUUGGGUACCAGUGUUUUAUAUUUAUAAUCGAGAGUUUUCUAAUAUAGCCUAUUAUACACACACACACUCACAGAGAAAUCUAUGCACACACCGCUUUCCCACGGACCCAGAUGACUCCCUCUCUGUGCCUCAACCCUGCAAAGCCCAGAGCUCCAGGGUUGGGCUGAGGGUGGUCCCCAGGCCCCGCCCGGGAAAGGCUUUGUGUGAUUGGCUGCUGUGUCCCUCCACAACCCCCCCCCCAUCUCGCACCAAAGCCGCGGUUGCAGUGUCAGAAGAAAUGCACUGAGAGACGUUGA